GGUUGGAUGGAGAGGUUUCUAAAAGGAUGUUACUUGACCUUUGCUACUCACUCUUUCGGCAGCUUCUCAGUAGCCAGGAGGCGUCCUAGAAGAAGAUAAUUAGGCUUGUGCUAUUUCAACCUCCUCUGAUCCCUAAGAAAGAGUUAAUUACAGUCUUUUCCCUCUUGCUCAAAGGUGGCUGGGUAUUAUUAUCAGAGCUGUAAUUAUUCAUGCUAAUUGCUUAUUUGGAGAGGGAGAGAGAAUGAGAGAGAGAAACCCCGGACUCCACAUCAGUGAUCAGCAGAGCAGACCAGGUGCGCUUCGUUAAGGCUGGAGCGAGGGUAGUGCUAGGGGUGGAAGGAGGUUCGGAUGCCGGAGUAGUUGUGAGCAAGUGGUGGAGCAGACCUGGUCCUGCUAAUGCUGCCACCUCCUCUGGGACUGAGAAAAAAGAGCAUGCACUUCUUGCAGACCUUCCUCCGGUGGAGGGCACUCCGAGACGAUGGCCCUUACUCGAAGGGGAGCAAAGACUCCAGUGGGAUGGACGCAGCCCUGGUCUCCAGGAGGCAAAGCAUCCCAGAGGAAUUUAGAGGGGUCACCAUUGUGGAGCUGAUUAAGAAGGAAGGAAGCACCCUCGGGUUAACCAUUUCAGGUGGCACAGACAAAGACGGAAAGCCAAGAGUCUCCAAUCUGAGGCCAGGAGGACUGGCUGCAAGAAGUGACCAGCUGAAUGUCGGGGAUUACAUCAAGUCCGUGAAUGGUAUUAACCUGACCAAGCUGCGGCAUGAUGAGAUCAUAAGCCUGCUGAAAAACGUGGGCGAAAGGGUAGUGCUGGAAGUAGAGUAUGAGCUUCCACCAGCUGUGCCAGAGAGUAGCGCUGGCAUUAUUCCCAAGACCAUCGAGGUGUCCCUCUACAAGGAAGGCAACAGCUUUGGCUUUGUGCUGAGAGGGGGAGCCCAUGAAGACUGGCACAAGUCCAGACCACUGGUGCUCACCUACGUGAGGCCAGGUGGUCCAGCAGACAGGGAAGGGUCCCUGAAAAUUGGGGACAGGCUGCUGAGCGUUGAUGGGAUCCCUCUGCACAGCAUGACUCACGCUGAUGCCCUCAACAUCCUGCGGCAGUGCAGCCAGGAGGCACUCUUCCAGAUCGAGUAUGAUGUGACCAUCAUGGACACUGUAGCAAAUGCAUCAGGUCCUUUAUUAGUUGAAAUAGCAAAGACUCCGGGGUCUACGCUAGGAAUCACACUGACGACAACCAUGCACCGGAACAAGCAGGUCAUAGUCAUCGACAAGAUCAAGCCAGCCAGCGUGGUGGACAGGUGUGGCGCAUUGCAUGUUGGCGACCAUAUUCUCUCCAUCGAUGGCACAAGCACAGAGCACUGCUCCUUACUAGAGGCAACUCAGCUUUUAGCUGCCACUUCAGAAAAUGUCAAGCUAGAGAUACUACCUGUUCACCAAAGCAGGCUGCCUUUGAAGCCUCCAGAAACAGUCAAGGUGCAGAAGAGUGACCACCACCACUGCUGGGACCCCUGUGUCAACUACUGUCACACCCACCACCCUGGGCACUGCAAGACACCCACUUGGAACCAGACGUCUGGACAGGAUUACUGCAAAUCUCUGGUGGCUGCCAACUUCUCGUCUCCCACCAUGAACGCACAGGGCUUCCCCUGCCAGAACUCGAACACGCUACCUCGCAGCUCCCACCCCAUGAGCCCCCGCACCACCAUGCUGAGGAGGAGGCAGAAGAAGAAGGAGCACAAGAGCUCACUGUCACUGGCCUCCAGCACGGUGGGUCCUGGCGGGCAGAUAGUCCACACGGAGACGACAGAGGUGGUGCUCAGGGGAGACCCUUUGAAUGGCUUCGGACUUCAGCUCCAGGGAGGCAUCUUUGCUACCGAAACCCUGUCUUCCCCCCCUCUCGUCCGUUUUAUUGAGCCUGACAGCCCGGCAGAGAGGUGUGGGUUGCUACAAGUAGGAGACAGAGUCCUUUCUAUCAACGGCAUUGCAACUGAGGAUGGGACUAUGGAGGAAGCAAAUCAGCUUUUGCGUGAUGCCGCGCUUACGAACAAAGUGGUGCUGGAGAUAGAAUUUGAUGUUGCAGAGUCUGUCAUACCCAGCAGCGGUACUUUCCAUGUUAAAUUGCCCAAGAAAAGAGGUGUAGAGCUUGGAAUUACAAUCAGCUCUGCAAGCAGAAAGCCUGGGGAGCCUUUGAUCAUCUCUGACAUCAAGAAGGGGAGCGUAGCACAUAGAACUGGCACCUUGGAACCGGGGGACAAGCUGUUAGCCAUUGAUAACAUCCGACUCGACAAUUGCUCAAUGGAGGAUGCUGUGCAGAUUUUAAGGCAGUGUGAAGACCUGGUCAAAUUGAAGAUUAGGAAGGAUGAAGAUAAUUCUGAUGAGCAGGAGACAACCGGUGCUAUUAUCUACACAGUGGAACUGAAGCGAUACGGUGGCCCCUUGGGAAUAACCAUCUCUGGGACGGAGGAGCCUUUCGAUCCUAUCGUCAUUUCAGGCUUGACUAAACGAGGGCUGGCAGAAAGAACCGGAGCCAUCCACAUCGGUGACCGGAUAUUAGCGAUUAAUAACGUGAGCCUCAAGGGCAAACCGCUGAGCGAAGCCAUUCACCUGCUGCAGAUGGCGGGAGAGACGGUCACUCUGAAGAUCAAGAAGCAGUCGGAGAAGUCCUAUCCCAAGAAGUCGGGGAGUAUCAAUGAAGUGAGUGACCCAGAAGAUGAACUGACGGACUCCCAGAAAACUAGCAAGCUGUCUGAGAUGUACUCCACCACAAUUCCUAGCGUGGACAGUGCUAUGGAGUCCUGGGAUGGCUCUGGCAUUGAUGCUGGGUAUGGAAGCCAAGGUACAUACAUACCUCAGGCUGCGGGCAUAGCCCUCCAUCCACAUGAAUGGAGACACAGCAGACAAAAGAGCAGUACCCCUCCAGGGGACCCCAGGAAAAACUACCCCUACAUGGAUGGAAGCUUCAGUGAAGAUGACUGGGACAAGCCCAGCAGAUACCCCAACCGCCAAAAUGGCCUUGAGACCACUCAUGAGGAUAAUUUUUGGCGUGUUUUUGGAGAAGCUUUGGAGGAUUUGGAAACAUGCGGCCAGUCUGAACUUUUGAGGGAGAUUGAGGCAUCCAUCAUGACAGGGAGCGUGCACAACCUGGGCCUGGAGAGCAGCAAGCUGCUCCUGGACUCUGUCAACCCAUCAGGACUAAGUCCAUUGAGGAAAGCAAACUCAAGCUGUGAUGACGGGCAGACUGAGGGCAGCAGUUCUCCUGCCAAGAAGAACGAAAGGAACCUGGACAUGAAGAAGAUUGAGAAGGAGAUGCAGGAAAUCAUGUCCCCUACCCCCCUUGAGUUUCACAAGAUGACACUUCACAAAGACCCAGAGAGCAAAGACUUUGGAUUCAGUGUGUCGGAUGGCCUGUUAGAAAAAGGUGUCUAUGUAAAUAUGGUCCGUCCGGAUGGGCCAGCAGAUCAGUGUGGCCUCAAGCCAUAUGACAGAGUGCUUCAGGUAAACCGCAUCCGGACAAGAGACUUUGACUGCUGUCUGGCUGUUCCCCUGAUUUCGGAGGCUGGAGAUAAGCUGGACCUGGUGAUUAGCCGGAACCCCUUGGCACUGGCUGCCAACGCUCCCCUGGAGGGGAACAGAGAGCUGCCAGCACAGGUGGCCCGUGGCGCCGAGGUCAAGGCGAGUGUCCAGACGCUCUGAGCAGCAGGAGCAGAGCAGGUGGUACCCAGGGCCUCUGCUGAGCCAUUGUGGUAUUUGGGGUGUUUUUCCGGGUUUUUGCACUGGUAUUUGUAAAUGCUGUGUGUACCAUCACCUGCAAGCGGAGAGGUGGGUCCUCAGUGAGCCUGUAGACCGCCAAGUGUUGCUGGGAGGGUCAGAGCUGGAUGCGCAUCGUGGGCUGUGGGCAGCGCUAGCGUUGGGAUGAGCUGCUGAUGGCAGGAAGGAGUAUCCACAGCCAUCACCCAUGGCGAGGCAUCCCUCUGUGCCCUGGUCAUUGGAGUGUGUGGGGUCCCACCUCCGACCAUCCUCCUCACCCUGAAGGCCUUGGCCGUCCUAUAAACACACAUGGUGCUAUUAUGCUUCUUGUUUGCUCGUUAAUUGCGUACAGCAAGACUGAAUCGCCUUUCCUUUUCUGUUGUGCUCAGCUCCAUCCAUUAAAUACUCCCAAUAAAUUGAUUUGCACAGCCCCUUGCACUCCUGGUGCAGAGCUGUGGAGAGCCCUGUUUAAAAGAUAUUUCAAAAUGUGCUUGAGAGUGGCUAGAUGCAAUUCUUUUUCAAAAAUUAGUGUUUGCUGCUGCCUCUUUAUCAGCCCCAUCCACACUCCCUGCCAGGGCUGGCUUGCCCUGCAGUGGGAUGAGGUGCCUCAUCUUGCUGUUGAUUCCUGUGAGCAAUGUGGUUACCUGUGCUGGAGUGGUUACUACAGAGCAGAGGGCUGUACCCAGGGCUAAAGGCCUUGAAUACCUGCCCAAAUCCUCAACCACCUCGUUUGUCUGGGCUUUAUGGAGAGCCCUUACUUGCAAACCUGGCCCGUGCCUGCAAGUCAGUAGCAGGAAAGCGAUCUUCCCAGGGCUGUCCCUGAUGUUUUUGAAUUACUAAAACCUUGUUGUCUCCCCUCAGGCAGUGGCGUGAGAAGCCCUUCAUUAGAUGGAGGCUGUCCCCCCUGUGUCCCACGUGGGCUGUGCGGUGUGUGUGCCCACGCAGGUUUGGCUGCUCGCCCCCGGCCACCCGCCUUUGCCUGUCGCUGGCCUUUCCGUGGCUUUGCAAGCAUGAUGCCCUGUGGUCGCUCCCCUCCCUCCUGAAAGCCCCCAGCCCCACAGGGAAGAGGGGUUGUGAUGUUUGCGUCAGUUCCCUUAUCGGCCUGCCAUGUUUCACGUGUUAGCACUUUAUGAUGAUGUUCAUGUGCUGGUGGUGGUGUGAACCUGGCAUCGCUUUCCCCAGGAAGGCUCGGGCACAGUGGCGGCGAGCCCGCCGCCCCCCACUCACCCCAUCAGUUCCUCCAUCACCAGCUGUGCGCCAGUGGUGCGUGUAGGGUGUUGAAUGGGUGUAUGGCACAAGUUAUUGCUCUGUGAGCCAGGACUCAUCCCUCCACCAUCUGUCCCCGAGCCACUUUGCGACUCCGUCCCUCUGCAAUAGCGCAACGUAUCAGGGUGUUUCUUCCAGACACGUGCCCGGCCCCAUCCUGCUAUUUGUCGUUGUAGCCAUUUUCUCUUCGAGUAUGCAAUAUCCCAUACCAUUGCUGCCACAACUAGAUAAUGUGCCAUAACUGAUACUGUGGAGCAUUGACAGUGCAGCCGAAAGUGUUUUUAUAUGCAAUAUUCUGAGCAGCAGAAGCUCACUGGGGCUUCUUAUAGGUUUUUAAUGAAGACUUUUGUUAAAGGCUUUAAAAAAAAAAAAAAAAGGAAGAAAAACUUGGUCCUUGUAUCCCUUCCUAUGCAUUUUGAAUGAUAUGAAGAUGAAAUGCAUUACUUAAAUGUGUAUUUUUAUCCAUAUAUUAGAGUGUAUUCCUUGUAAAGUAUUUUUAUAUGCUAAUUUUCUUAUGUAUCUAUGAAAGCACAAUAUUUAAAAGUACAGCAUUUCAAAGAAUAUUUUAGUCCUGUUUUGGACUUAUUUGUAAAUCUCUGUAUUUAAAUGGGAUUGCAAUGACUUUGACUUUUUUUUUUAAUUAAAUAAAAGCAAAUGAAAUUCA